GCCGCCCGGAGGCCGCCACGAUGCUACGCUCCUUGCAGGAAUCGCUGGACGGGGAUGAAAAGGAGCUGGAGAGCAGCGAGGAGGGUGGCUCUGCCGAGGAGCGGAGACUCGAGCCACUGCCUAGCAGCCACUACUGUCUCUACAGCUACCGCGGAAGCAGAUUGACCCAACAGCGAGGGGACAGUGAUGAUGGAAGUGGCACAAAUGCAGAAACUCCCUCCAGUGAUGAUUUCAGCCUUUCCUUGGUGGACACUAAUCUACCAUCUGAAGUGGAGCCACAGCUGCGCAGUUUCAUUGCGAAGCGUCUUUCGAAGGGAGCAGUCUUUGAAGGACUGGGUAAUGUUACAUUGAUGGAGCUGAGUUCUCCAGGUUACCGAGUUGGUUGUUAUUACUGCCUCUUCCAACAAGAAAAACUGCUUCUUGAGGCAGCAACAGAGGAUUCUGAAUAUAAACCUUCAGAGUAUGUGGUCUGUUUUUUAGGAGGGUCUGAAAAAGGACUUGAGCUCUUCAGGCUUGAGUUGGACAAAUACAUUCAAGGGCUUAAAAGUAACAUGAAUUGUGAGGAAAGUGGCCUGGAGGACCACAUACAGUCCUACCUGAGCAGCUGGUUUGAGGAUGUUGUAUGUCCAAUCCGAAGGGUGGUUCUUCUCUUUCAGGAAAAGCUUACCUUUCUGCUACACGCUGCUCUGAGUUAUACUCCUGUGGAGGUCAAAGGAUCAGAUGAAAAAACAGAGAAAGACAUUAACAGAUUUCUGAGUGUGGCCAGUCUUCAAGGACUUAUUCAUGAAGGCACCAUGACCUCUUUGUGCAUGGCCAUGACCGAGGAGCAGCAUGAGUCCAUGGUUAUAGAUUGCAGCAGCUCCUCGCCUCGGUUCUACAAUGCAGGAAGCAACCGGUUUUGUGAGGAUUGGAUGCAGGCAUUUUUAAAUGGUGCUGAAGGGGGCAAUCCUUUUCUUUUCCGACAAGUACUGGAGAACUUUAAAUUAAAGGCCAUACAAGACACAAAUAAUUUGAAAAGAUUUCUCCGCCAGGCAGAAAUGGAUCAUUAUGCUUUGUUUAAAUGUUAUAUGUUCCUAAAGAACUGUGGUAGUGGAGAUAUCCUUUUGAAGAUUGUUAAAGUGGAACACGAAGAAAUGCCAGAAGCCAAAAACGUGAUUGCUGUCCUUGAAGAAUUCAUGAAAGAUGUGCUUGCCCAAAGUUGAUCACAUGUUUUGAGAUAAUUGUCUUAUGAAGCAUUCCAGCUUUGGUGUUUGAAAUUGCAGUUGUUAUAAUUGUUCCUAGAAUUGCUGUUUAAGAUUAUUUGAAACUCAUUUCAGGUUUGUUUUUCUUUUGGAAUUUUAAAAUUCACUUAAUUAAACUUAAAAAUCUAAGGAAC